UUCAAUUAUUAAACCCAUGACUGGAUUCCUCCACUCUCGCCUUUACUGCUGGUUUUCCAUGAAUAAAGACAAAAAAGCAAGGUUAAUUAUGGACGAAGGUGGUGUAGAAAAAUGGUUAUGGAGAUUGGAGGGUGAGAAGCAAGUUGCAGUGAGGAGAGAAUUAAUGGCGACAAGUCAAGCCUUUUCUCUUUGCCUUUUCUCCUCGUGAAACCAAGUGCUCACACGUACACACUUCAACUAUUCAACACACACUCACAUCACAUACGUAUUUUUAUAUGUAUUUUCAACACGUCUUCCCGUUCACACCCUCCAACUGUUUGAUUUAAUGUCCCAGUGAGUUCUUAAUUUUCUAUCACUUUUAUUACUGCUCUCUCUCUCUCUCUCUCUCUCUCUCUCUCUAAGGAGAAGGGUGAGACUCCAUUCAGUGUUUUGAAUCGAGAAGAAAGAAGAAGAUCAAUAUCUGGAUCAAGAUGGGUUCUUGUUUCAGUGUUGGAUUGAAAAUUGAAAGUUCACGUUUAGAUGGUAAAGUUACAUCUGCAUCAGUACCUCCAAGCCCUCGGAGCCCUAGAAGUCAAACAGAAAUCUUACAAUCGGGAAAUUUAAAGCCUUUUAGCUUCAAUGUACUUAAAUUGGCUACAAGAAAUUUCCGACCCGAUAGUGUUCUUGGAGAAGGUGGAUUCGGGUCGGUUUUCAAAGGAUGGAUCGAUGAACAAUCACUUACAGCCGCCAAACCUGGAACUGGAACUGUCAUUGCUGUCAAGAGAUUAAAUCAAGAAGGUCUUCAAGGUCACCAAGAAUGGCUGGCAGAAAUUAAUUAUUUAGGGAUGUUAAACCAUCAAAAUCUUGUGAAAUUAAUCGGUUACUGUUUAGAAGAUGAUCACAGACUGUUGGUAUACGAGUUCAUGCCUCGAGGGAGCUUGGAAAAUCAUCUUUUCAGAAGAAGUUCUUACUUUCAACCUCUCUCAUGGACCCUACGAAUUAAGGUCGCUUUAGGUGCUGCGAAAGGGCUUGCUUACCUUCAUAGCCCGGAAGCGAAAGUGAUAUAUCGUGAUUUCAAAUCUUCAAAUAUCCUCAUCGAUUCUAAUUACAAUGCGAAACUUUCUGAUUUCGGAUUGGCAAAAGACGGACCGGUGGACGGAAAAAGUCAUGUUUCUACGAGAGUUAUGGGAACUUACGGAUACGCAGCUCCGGAGUACAUGGCGACAGGUCAUUUAACGGCGAGAAGUGAUAUAUACAGUUUUGGGGUGGUGCUGCUGGAGAUUUUGACGGGGAGGCGGUGCAUCGACAAAAACCGUCCCUCCGGCGAGCAAAUUCUGGUGGAGUUUGUUAAACCUUAUUUAUCGAGCAAACGACGGAUUCUUCAUAUUAUGGACCCGCGUCUCGGUGGACAGUACUCGCCGACGGUGGCGAUGAGGGCGGCGAUUCUGGCGAUGAAAUGUCUCUUGAAAGAACCGAAGCACCGGCCGAGUGCUGAUGAGUUGGUGAAAUCGUUGGAGCAGCUUCAGGAUUUGCAGAAGGCGGCGGAUAGUUCGAGAAAGGAACCGGUUCGGAAACAGGGUGAUAGAAAACCGGAUUCGUAUCCGAGACCUGUUGGGUCGAGUUCGGGUGUGGGUGUGGGGUCAAUUAGUGGAAAGAGUUGAGAAAGCGGCGGUAAAGGAUUUGGGUGUACAGUUUUGACUUGUAAUCUUGUAUGUUGUGCUUUUGAAAGAGUGUUUGAUUUUUUUAUUUUUUUUAUGAAAGC